AUGCCGGUUCGAAAGGUGUGCAUUGUGGGCGCGGGCGUGGCGGGCCUAUAUAUCGCCACGAUCCUCGAUAGCCUCGAGAUCCCGGGCCUGAGCUACGAUAUCCUGGAAUCAAGUGACAGAGUUGGCGGCCGCAUGUAUACGCACAAAUUCAGCGACGCGCCGCAUGAUUACUACGAUAUCGGGGCAAUGCGGUAUCCGUGCAUCAAAAUCAUGGACCGCACGUUUGACCUUUUCGAGCGCAUGGAGCUGCCGCUGAUCAACUACUACUUGGACUCGGACCUCACUCCGAGCCUAUUCAACGACCGCUUCAAGAGUGACGAGAAAGAUCCUUACAACGUCGGCGUCGGUAAAGGUGGCCAAGUUCCCGAUGCAGUGGUGGACUCUGUCAGCAAGCUUCUGGGGGAUGCCUUCAACCCCUACAAAGCUCUACUCAAAGCUGAUUUCAAGAACGGGAUGGAGGAGCUAACUAAAUGGAUGGAAACGAUGAACACGUCCACAAACCUAUUCGACGAGGCAUUUGCCGAGAGCGUGUUGGACUCGUUCGACUUUGACUAUCCACAGCUGGAUGACCAGGGAAACCCAAAGAACACGGUGUUUUCCACCACCACUCUCGGAUGCCUAGGCCGGAUGGAUUUGCGCGGACUAGAGCUACACCCGUCCCAGAAAGACGCCAUCCGCGCCCUGCACUACGACGACUCCGUCAAGGUUGCCCUCAAAUUCAAGUACCCGUGGUGGAUCACCCGGUGCGGAAUCACCCAGGGAGGCGACGCCAACAGGAUGAGCUCGCUCGUGGGCGGGGGCAAGCCCACCGACGACGAGCUCGUGGAGCUGAUCCUCCGCAACCUGGCGCGCCUGCACGCGCAGCACGAGGGCGUCACGUACGAGCUCAUCCGCGCCGCCUACACGGGAACGUUCCACGCCUACUCGUGGUCCGACGACCCCAACACGGCGGGGGCGUUUGCCCUCUUCGCGCCGGGCCAGUUCAAGAACUUGUACCCGUACCUGACGCGGAGCGCGGCGCAGGGCAAGUUCCACAUGGUGGGGAGGCGGCGAGCGCGCACCACGCUGAACUCCGCGGCCGAUGCCCUCAAUCCACGAAAGAUCGAGUUCUACGCCCUUGACGCCUCCAUCGUCCAGGGUGAGGGGAGGGAGCUUUUGUGCCGUUAUAGCAAAAUCAACGAAGAUGGCAUUGAUCGCCAUGUCCAAGAAAUCAGAUCGGAGGCCUUUAAAGUGUGCCCCUAUCCGUGUAUCGGCAUGUACCAAUUUCUCGAUCUAAGCAUGAUGAAGCUGGGUGUGUAUCCAGAGAUUGUCCAGAGAAUUACCCAAGGACAGAAGCUCCUCGACCUAGGGUGUUGCCUCGGCCAGGAACUCCGACAGCUGGUUCUCGAUGGCGCGCCUUCAGACAACAUGUACGGUUCCGAUCUCUGGGGCGGGUUCUUCGAAGUCGGGUACCAUCUCUUCAAAGACAAAGAUACUCUCAAAACGAGAUUUAUUGCCGCCGAUGUCUUCGACGAUGCUUCACCGCUGGUUGAGCUAGCCGGUCAGAUGGACAUCAUCUACACGGGCGCAUUUUUCCACCUUUUCAAUCUAGAGGAGCAGGAAAAAGCCGCAACGAGGUAG